AUGACAUGCGUCUCUCCCGUAUCCCUCCUCGGGACUUACGAGGACCCAGAAUCCACGUUCAAGUCGCGCGAGGAUCACAGGAAGCAGCAAGAGCUCGAAGAGGCGCGUAAGGCGGGGUUGGCGCCAGCCGAGUUGGACGAGGAUGGCAACGAGAUCAAUCCGCAUAUCCCGCAGUACAUGUCGUCCGCGCCAUGGUACCUCAACGCCGAACGACCUAGUUUGAAGCAUCAACGGAACUGGAAGGGCGAGGGGAACUACACCAACCUGUGGUACGACAGAGGAGCCAAGGGCUUUCAAGCCGAGAAAUACCGCAAGGGCGCCUGCACCAACUGUGGCGCCAUGACCCAUACCGCCAAGCUAUGUGUGGAGCGGCCGAGGAAGGUGGGUGCCAAGUGGACGAGCCAGAGCAUCGCAGCGGACGAGAAGAUCCAGUCGAUCGAACUCAACUACGAGGGCAAACGCGACCGCUGGAACGGGUUUGAUGCUGCCACGUACAAGCGAACCAUGGAUUCGUAUGACAUCCGGGCCGAAGCGAGGAAGAAGUUUCAGAAGGAGCAGCAGCUGAAGAAGCUUGCUGGGAAGGGGGGUGAUGGGGAGGGAGGGGGGAAGGAGGGAGGAGGGAAGGAGGGAGAGGGAAGGGAGGGGCGAGAGGAGGAAGAGGAGGAGGAGGAGGAUGAUGCGAAGGUUGAUGAGAGCAGGCAGAUGGACUUCGGGAAGGUGGAGAAGCGUGUGAGGACGACCGGUGGUGGCAGCACAGGUUCAGUGCGAAACCUGCGUAUUCGUGAGGACACGGCGAAAUACCUUCUCAAUCUGGAUGUGGAUUCGGCUUAUUACGAUCCGAAGACCCGCUCCAUGCGAGAGGAUCCCAACCCAGAAGGAGACGCCAAGGAUAAAUUUUAUCUGGGAGACAACCACAACCGCAUCAGCGGGCAGGCCCUGGAGUUCCGCCAGCUGACCGUGCACGCGUGGGAAGCCAUGGAGAAGGUCAACGUGGACGUGCACUUACAGGGCGCGCCGAGCCAGGCUGAGCUGCUGCACCGGGAGUUUAAGGUCAAAAAGGAGAAGCUGAAGGGGGCGAGUAAGGAGUCGGUUCUGGCUAAGUAUGGGAACGCGGCGAAUAAUAAGGGGGCAGAGGAGGAGGGGAUUCCGGAGGAGCUGCUGCUGGGGCAGACGGAGGUGCAAGUGGAGUAUGACCGAGCGGGACGACCACUCAGAGGAGUGGACAAGGCAGUGCCAUGCAGUCGGUAUGAAGAAGACGUAUUAGUCAACAACCACACAGCCGUGUGGGGCAGCUGGUGGGGCGGGGGCGUGUGGGGGUACGCGUGCUGCCACCAGACCACUCGCAUGAGCUACUGCACGGGGGCCAGCGGCAUCGCUGCUGCCGAGGCUUCAGCCAAUCUGAUGCAGGCGAACAUGGAAAGGCGCGAGCAGCUGAAGGCAGCUAAAGGUGGGUGGUGGGCAGUGAGGGCGGUACUGGGGUGUGUGCAUUGCUACUGCACGGGUGCCAGCGGCAUCGCUGCUGCUGAGGCAUCGGCGAAUCUGAUGCAGGCGAAUAUGGAAAGGCGCGAGCAGCUGAAGGCAGCUAAAGAAGCAGAAGGCGGUGAGGGAGAGGAGGCGGAGGAGGAGGGAGCGGGCAAGGCCAAGCACACAGAGGAGAAGAAAGGAGUUGCGUGGGGCACAGACGCGGAUAUGGAUCUCAAGCUGGAUAAGAAGAAGCUCAAGGCGGCUCUUAAGAGGGAGGAUGAACUUGCUCGGGAGGAGAAGGACGAGCGCAAGCGCAAGUACAAUGUUACAUAUUCCGACGAUGUGACGGAGGAGGACAUGGAGGCAUACCGAAUGAAGCGAAUCCAUGCAGAAGACCCCAUGCUUGCUUUCCUAGGCAAGGAUGACGAAGAUGACGCCUAG